UCACCCAGCAUUACUUCCAAGCCUGUCUGUCUGUCUUACACCCAAUCCAAUCCGUCCAGAUAGCUAGUUAGUACUAGAAUCCAUCAAUGAAUUAUGCAACUUACCUAGAAUCAAUACCAUCUUCUUACCUCAACUGGCUCUAUACCUGUUCAGAUGCUUCUUAACACAUUCAAUAUUGACCGCCAGGUCGUCAUAUUUGUUCUUUAUAUACCCCUUCGAAUUCACUGUUAGAGCAACAGCCUAUAAUUGCCUUUGUCACCCACCUUUCUUUGAGACCACUUCCGUUCGCGCCCUGGGCUCUCUCGUCCGGCCGUUCACAGUCGCGAACUUGUCCUGAAAGAAUGCCCUCUCAUUCCAGCGUCCGUCCCCGGAACAAUAACGGUACAUAAGCUUCUCUGCUUCUCUAUACACCGGCGCCUAUCCCCUUGUGCCCAUACUAUCCGCAUCGGUAUUCUGAACCAUUACUCUCUAGAUUUGGAUCAAGCUGCUGCUUGGAUUGUUAGCCCCUCUUUCUCCCCCUCUCUUCUUUCCGAACCGAGUCUCGAGUUAUGAAACACGCUUCAGACUUAAUUCCGAUAUGAGUCCUGUCGCAUAUUCGGGGCCCGUCGUCACCCCUAGCAACGGCACGACUAUGUCGAAUAACCGCGGCCAUGCGAUCGACCCAGCUGGAAAGGGGCCAACUGGGGGAGUGGCUUAUGGUAGAAACUCGGGUUCGGGCAAAGCACCUUUUCGCCACAUAGACGACAUUGUGUCAGUAAGCGUUGAUCUUGAUCCUCAUACAACCUUGCGGAAGGUUCUCGAGGCUGGCGAUGCCCACAUGCGACAAGCUAUUACCUACAAGGAUUUUGGCCGGCCAGAUUUCGCACUUCAAGAGUAUAUCAAAGCGUUUACCAUCGCCGUGGAUAAAGUGCCUAAGCACAAGGAUUAUCCUUCUCUCAAGUCGGAUCGUGGAGACCUGGGCCGUUUAUAUCAUGCUCUCAAGGUUAAGAUUACCAAUAAUGGGGUUGCAUACGAUAGGAUCAAAGAAGACAUCAAAGAAGAUAACCGGAGAAGCGGUGUACUUCCUACAAAAUCUGUUGUCAAGUCGUUGGAUAAUCUGCUUCCGGACCUGCCUAGCGUACCAUCCAAACCACCAUCGCAGCACUCAGUCAGCAAUCCCGAUACGCCACACAAUGUGUCCACGAGUACCUAUGCUACGCGAUCUGAUCAUUCGUCGCAUGACAUCGCUAGUUCAGGGCGCAAGGCAAAGCCUACCGUGCAUCCAAAACCCCAGGCGCUACAUGGUAAUUCGAUUAAAUCGGUGCCUGACAAUGCUUCACCUGAUCUGGUAGCUCGUUUUGCGAAACUCCGUGAUCCUCAAGACUCCAGAAACAAUUUUUCCUCUCCGCCACUGGCGAAACCCAAUGGUCCUAGAGACCUUCCUCUCACUCACCGGCCCCCCCUUUCAGUGCGCAGUGCUUUGCCAGCUAUGCCUAAAGUCCCCGAUGCCGUCUAUAGUCCUGCUAGAGGCACUGUAACAAGCGAGGCUGCUAAUCUACCUUCAAGCACGCCCCGUGGCAUGUUUAGUCGGACGAACUCACUCGCGUCAGUUCCUAGUACGUCUUCCCGGACCUCUAUGGAGAACAUUUUCAGGACUUUCAAUGGAGAGCAAUUCAUCACUGCCCAUACAUACGGAGAACCCCAAACAGCUUCAAAGAGUAGUCUACAAAUAUCUGACGGAGAACUCAUAACGGUCCAGGAAUUGUUACGGUAUAUGCGAGAUGGGAGUACGAGCAUUAAAACUCUCAUCAUUGAUGUCCGUGAUCGUCAAUUAUUUGACGAGGGCCAUAUUUUCUCGCAAAACACAAUUUGCCUUGACCCUACUAUCCUUUCACGUCCGGGUAUUUCGGCCAGCGAUAUAGUCGACAGCAUGAUUCUUGCUCCCUCGAAUGAAAAGUCGGCGCUUGAGCGGCGUGAUGAGUUUGAUUUGAUUGUCUUUUACGACCAGGAUUCUAAAUCUAUACCUCAAAGGAUCACACGUAACGCAGAAGAGGCUGUUGUAUUCAACAUUCAGCACGCCCUAGUCCAUUAUGGCUAUCCUAAGCAGCUGAAGCAUACUCCAAAACUCCUUGUCGGAGGGUUAGAUGCGUGGAUCGAUGCAAUGGGCAAGCAGUCCUUGCAGACGUCAGAUACACAGUCAAUUCGCCGACAUGUGACCUCUACAUCUGCUAGUGCGCGUCGGCGACUAAGAAACAGAACGUUGAAACCAGAAGAAGUAAACACAUUCGAGGACAUCAUUCGACAUGAUGAGGAUGGAGACUUUGACUAUGCUAAAUCUCAAGAGGACUUUAUGCGAAGAUUUCCAAGCAUAAGGGAGCCAGAGUCUAUGAUAUCUGGUGAGAAAGAUGGGGUUUCAGUUCGAAGCAUGGGCUCUGCAGGUGAAGAAUUCUUGAAAGAUAUGAGUCCUACACCACCUGUUCGUCCGAAGCCCGCCGUUGCUAGAACAAGGUACAGUGGGCUUGAACCUGCAGAAGAACACGCACCUGGGGCUCUUGCCAUGAUGGUGAACCCUUCGUCCAUUCCGAACGCUGCUAAACCCACGGGAUUGGUCAAUCCAGGUAAUUGGUGUUAUGCUAAUGCAUCUAUACAAGCACUUCUGGUGUCUCGGGGCUUUAUAGACGAGUUUUUAGAUCCUCAAUGGCCUACGAAGUAUCGUCCGGAUGUUCCAGUCACCGACCCCUCUUAUAACCAGUUAAUGUGCAAAAUUCUCGGCAAUCUAUUCCAAUGGUUGAGCCAGAAAAGUUUUGUCACCAUGAAAGCUUCAACCCUCAUGCAUUAUUUGAGGACCAUCCAUACGGGUUAUAGCUUGAAUGGAAGAGAAUUUAGGUUUGGGGAUACUCAUCAGCACGAUUCAGACGAAUUCAUUACCUUUAUGUUUGGUCAACUUGAAGCCGAGACUCGUUUCAAGAUGUCAAAGAACAUUCUACCACAGCUAGAUACCACUCAGCCCGUAGGAUUCAUUGUAGACCGAUGGGGAAAUCGUCCCAACAAUACUCUCAUGAGCCGGCAUUGGUAUUUAUUGGAGCUUCACACCUUCGCCUGCAACAACUGCCAGGCACGGAACUACAUUGUCGAGGAAGCAGAGAGAUACCAGUUUCCGGUCCCACAGGCUGAGAAGGUUUCACUGGCAGAUUCUGUCCAAGAGCACUUCGCAGAAAUCCAGGUCGACUCAGAGUGUGACGCGUGCAAGUCGAGAGGCAAAACCCUCCGAAAGCAACUUGUGCGCCAGCCUCCGUUGCUGCGCGUGGGGCUGCAAAGGACCAACCAGGCCGGCUCGAUCAAGACGCACACGCCAGUGGAAUUUCCUUUCCACAAUUUUGACCUUGAGCCCUAUGCUAUUGAUGGUGAGUCGAGAUCACAAAUCGCCAACUUGCUGGGUGGCGACGCAGCUGAGGGAUUUGUUCGCGAUACGGUCUAUUCUCUGUAUGCUGUGGUCAGCCACUCCGGGUCAAAUCUAAACUCAGGCCAUUAUAUCUCUUAUGUCAAAUCCGACAAGGGCACAUGGACACAAUGUAAUGACACCAGAAUCACGACGGGCAUAUCCGCCGCGAAUGCUGAAAAAUCGCUUCAUAAUUGCGAAAAUCGUUUCACGCCAACACAACUAUACUACAAGCGGGUGCCAAGGUAG